ACUCAUUUUCAUUGUUGUGUAACAUUUUUCUUUUUACUGAUGAACAUUUGUGGUGCUUCUAGGUUAGGACUAUUAUGAAUAAAGCUGUGUGUAUGAAUCUUGUGUACAAAUGUCCCUGGUAGAAUUGCUGGAUCACAGUUCACAUAACUUCAUUUUUUCCUGGAUAAAGCAGUUUUCCAAAAGAUGAGCCCAGUUUAGACAUCCAUCAACAGCAUGUGACACUGCCCUUGCCUCACAUCCUUCGUACCCAGCGCUUGGAAUUGUCAGACUUACUUUUUUGCCAUUUUGCUUGUAGAUUUCCAGUGGAGACUCGGUAUGGCUGUGAGCUCGGACAGUUGCAGAUCUCUUAAGUACCCUUAUGUUGCAGUGAUGCUGAAAAUAGCAGAUCAUGCAGGCCACGUAAAGAGCAAAUCCUUUGAAAUGACAAUUCCACAGUUUCAGAAUUUCUACAGACAGUUCAAGGAAAUUGCUGCAGUUAUUGAGACUGUGUGAAAGCUGAUUAUCUCAUGGAUAAAUUGCCAUCAUCAUCCUGAAGUCAUGGACUUCACUUGCUGCAACAACUGCAUAAGGUUCAAGUCAUAUUUAUUGAAUGAAUAUUGCACUUUUGUUCCUUUUUUUAAAUAAUAAAAAAAUCAGACAAGCACAAGUUCUGUGCUAGUGAUCAGUGCACAGCUCUUUGAUGUUCUGAAAGUGACUAAAUUGGACACAUGGAAGUGUGUACUUUGUGAAUUAUACUUCGAUUUAAAAAACCAGACAAUUGAAUAACUGAUACUGACUGCCACAUCUGUUUAUACAUCAG